CAUAAUCAAAACUUAAAAAAAAAAAUUAAAUUCGAUUUUUUUAAUUUGAAUUUUUCCCAUCCACGGCAUAUGGCACAUGGCUGCAAAAAGUUGGUAUGGAAGUGCAGAAAUCGUUGGCCAACAUGAAGCAAAAGGGCCAUGUCCUCAGCUGUCGAAUGGCAACGGAGAUAAGCUACCAGCCGUACUACUGCUUAAGAAAUAUCCACAGUACUAUAAGACGAAGCAACAGGCAAACGAUAUAACCAAAGCAUUAAUCAACCAUGAAAGGAAAUGUUUUAUGAUACCGUAUACAAAGAAAACAAAUUCCUUCAAUCCACUCAGCACACCACGGCUGACGAACCAGUUACCUUUGGUAAGAAAACACAAUGCGUCGUAUAAGCACUCCGUUCGCCUGGAUCCUAAUACCUUUGUGGGUCGCGUGUUUCCCAUGAUGUUUCGGCUACGUCGAGAGCAAUGCAAAUGUCUCAACUGUCGUCGAGCACUGGCGCUGCGUGAGACUGUGACUGAUGUUGAGGAUGUACUAUUAUUGUCAGAUUGUUGUACUGUUGUGGUAUAUCCAAACAGGAAACUAGAGAAUUGGAAUCGUGUUACCGUCGGUACAAUAACGGGACAGAAAACGCUAUCCAAAAAGCAGCUAACUGAAACCUGCCAACUAGAACCCAAAUCUAUUGCACAGCCAGUUCCGGAAGAGCAAAAGAUAAUGCUGACCAGAAAUUCAACAAAAAAAAUCAAAAAAUCCAAAAAAUCCAAAAAACCCAAAAAACCCAAAAAAAGAAAAUCAAAAAAAAUCAAAAAGAUCAAAAAGAUCAAAAAAGUCAAAUAGUUAACUUCAAGUUGAAAGUACUUCAAAACCAGAUUCCACAUUAAAUAACGGGUUUGGAUAGAGUUCACAGUUAACUCCUAUA